UCGUGUGUGUCACAGACGCGUUAUGAAUCUCUCAUAAUUAUCUCCCCUCUUCACAUGUUUCCUUUUCAAAUACCUGAAGAGCUUUGUUUUGGAAUGUAGCUAUUCCGGUCAGGUUGGUGCACCUGAUAGUUCAAAAUAGUUAAAAUUGUAACGCACGACCAAAUCCUUCUGUGAAAAAUAUCGUAGUAUGAAUAGUCGACGAAGACGUGCCGACAAUUUCACGGAUUCUCUUUUCAGUUUCCGUCAAACAUCUGACACAGAAUACAGCCAGGCAUCUCAAAUGUAUUCAGAGGACAGUUUAGAUACUGAUUCUGUAAUAAAUAGGCAAUGUGGAAGUGAUAAACAUAAUUGUCCAAACAAUAUUAAGUGUCACCGUGAUUCAAUUAUUCUAGCAAGUAAUUCAACAAAAGAGCAAUAUGUAUCGUCCUCUGAUGCGUAUCACACUGCUGAGGAAAGUUCUGACACUCAAUAUAGCGAUAUACAGCACGAACCAAACCAUAUAUUGAAUGAAACAUCUUACAUCCCAAUUAAAUUUGACCUGAAUAAAUGUAUAAAUCUGUUUCAUAACGAAUAUCUGGAAAAGGAAAGUGGAACUUGCGAGGAAUACUCCAGUAUUUCUACUACUUCAUCCAAGACAAAUGUUAAAGAAGUUGAUCCUUGUUAUUUAAAUACAGCAUUUGCAGGGACUACAGUUGAAGCUAGUAACCACGAGAAGGUUGAAACAAUCGUCCCAUCAGUCGAUGCAAUAUCCUUGUCAGAAUCUCCUGUCUCAUCGAACAAAAAGGAUGACUUGCAAUCUAUGGAGGAAGAUCAGAAAUACGACUUGACAAGCGGCGGGAGUACAGUAGAGGACAUCGAUCCUUGCGAAUUGAAGACUCUUUUGCAUUCGUUGGAAAAUCAGCAGAAGCCGCCGAGAGAGAUGCUUAAUCAAGAACAAAUGCUGAGACGUCUGUCCACGAUAUUUUACAUUUCGCCGAGUGACUUCACAGAGAGAUUACUGACGAUAAUCGAGGAAUCGGUCAUAAUCAACGAUUCCGACACGCGAGAAUUCCCGGAUGUCAGUUUGCGUCGAUUAACCGCGGAACUUCGACAAAUGUGCAAAUUCAUAGAUAACGAGACCGUGCCUGAAUGGCCUGCGUCCCCAGGCACGUCGAUUUGCGAGGAAGGAGACGGACAACCUAAACCCGAUUCCUCGCGGAGAUCGCUCGGUAUCCUUUUGAGUCCGCGGAAAAGUCUGUGCAUAGUCACACCCAUCUCUUCCACUGUCAGCCGAAGUAGUAAAAGUCCCAGGAAGAUUUUCCGGCGUACUCCAAAGACGAUCUCUGCCGCGCUCGAUAAGACACAGAGUCCGUCGUAUGAGAGUACAAACGUGCACGACAGCACGAGCACCUUCGAAUGUUUGGAGGCCUACUGCAAGAGGUUGUUCCCGGACGAGUACAGACCGUCGCCGCAACAGAAGAAUCAUUUGCAGUCGCCCCUGCGAAACAUGAAUAAUAUUUUGCACAAGUGCAGCACUCAAAUGGCAUCUCUGGAGGAUUCGUUCGGCGUUCGCGAGCCAGUUCGGAACGUUGCGACGUCCACUUCCGACCCGGCGAGCCAACACAACACGACGCCUGAGACAUCGAGCUUCCAAUACGACCUCAUAGUUUUCACGCCGGAUAAACCUAAGAAAAUCUUGUCGAAGAGCGUGUCGCCCAUGCAACGUGCGGAAUGUCAAACACGUUGCGAGAUAAUCGAGCCGGACGAUCUGCAGAAGACGCUUAUAUAUGAAAUCGCGAAGAAGAGGCAGAGGUGCCUCAACACGGCAAAAGUAAUAAUGGAGAUCAACGGGAGCUCGGAGCCGUUGGAAGCACAGGGAACGUGUCCGAUUAGCAGCGUCAACGAGGCGAGGUUGUCGACGGAGAAGGACGUCAAGUUGAUGGAAACACUGAUGUCUUGUAAGAAAUACCAGGAGUAUUUGGAGGAGUACAGACCCUUGCUCAAUUUACUACAACGAUCAGAAUCGUACAAGUCUCGUCCUACGCAAAGUAAAAAGGACGCUCGCGCGAAGGAGGCUAAUAAAGUUAACGUUGCGACAUUGACAGCACCGAAGUCCUCGAUAACGAGAGGAACGAGAGGAGGAACUAGCAGGAGUCCUUCGCCUAAAAUAUUCGCCGUUCCGAAACCGAAGCUGUUCAUAACUCCCGGGAAGACUCCUGCCAAGAGGACUGUGUGUAGGGAGAAACGCACGUAUUUUCGCAACGCGGGAGUCAGUCCGAUUAAGCAAGAGAACUUGAAGAAGAGCUCGAACAAGGAACCUGACAUCAGUCCGUGUGCGCAGAGUAUUUGUCGUAAAAUGGGACUAAAUUACGACAGCGUGAUAUCGCCGGUUGGCAUGUACAUCAAAGGCACGAACCCUCACCUGAUCAAAAAUUUACGGCCUAAAACGGAUGAGAUGUUGUUGACGCCAAGGAGAAAGCAACAUGUGCCAUCGGUUAAUACAAAGCCGGAAAUGAAGUUUCGAUUAUCACCGAAACAGCCCAAAAAGACACUCGCCGGUACAGCAGCGAGAGAUGAAAAUGUUCCCGAUAACUUUCUACAUCCGAAAGUGCAUUACAAGCUGCCGUCUCAUGUACGCACGAUCAAAGAAACGGAAAAUCGAAAAGUGGGCAAUCGCAUAAACGAAUUAUUGCGCGCCACGCAAGACAAGGUUGUGAUUCGACACGAAGGUCGAACGAAGACGGUUCAAACGGAUUGCUCGGAGCAACCUGAGAUUCACUACGAUUCCGCAGAAGAAUCCGUACAUAUCGAGCAGACAGCCCGUAAAACGCACUUCUCUCGUGUACAAAAGGGCUAUUAGCCCAUACCGAAAUAUUUGUUGAAAAUCACUCAUGUAUUAUAAAGAUUAUCGAUAUCUCUAAUGCACGUUAAUUUUUUUUUUUAUCAGAGCUGAAUCAAACUUUUUAUAUGUAAGAUGUUGUUCCAUUAAAUGUGCAAUUUUAUUCACUUUUCUUAAGUCACCGAUCAUUCCGCGUUUUUCGUGUCGUAAAGUCGCGCACCGUGUUUUAUCGCGUGCUAUUUUGUUCCGUUAAGUUGAACAGCCUCUUUCCAUAGAAUUUAAUCAUAACUGUAACUGCGAUGAUGCGAUUUCCUUCUUCCGCGAUUCACCGGGAAGAAGUGAUCUGUUUCUGCGAAUAAAAUUGGUUUGUCAAUAAAUAACGUAAAACGGGUAUUGGAGAUAUUUCUCGUGUACAUUAUUAGACUGCGGAGUAAUUAGAGAAACAACUCGGAAUAUAUACGAAAUAAGAACGAAGAGAAAAGGUAGGGCGCUUUUCAGUAUUCUCAGAAUCCUGAGAAGAGAGCGGUUUAACGAGGGACGAUCGUAAAAUCCACCGUGGAAAAAAGGCGUAAAAUAAUGUAAGGCAAAAAGCGAGACGAAGGUGUCCCAGAAAGUGAGUCAAUACGUGGCGAUUUCAGUGCGCAACGUAAUUUUCCGAAUAUCGCAUGUUACAAGACUCUUAUCGAUACAGCGCAUAACGAGUCGCGAAAUGCGUCGUUACCGCUAUUGGUCUCGUGUCGUUUAUGUACACGGGCAGGGCCGUCGAUCGCGGAUCAAUGAUACCCUUGUGAUCUGCGCCAAUAACGCGAGCGGAUUUUUAAAUUGAAAUUUUUUAACCGCACGAUCAGGAAGGAGAGAACCGCUCUCUCGGUGGACGUGUGUGUUAUUUCACGGAUUUAUGUCCCUGACACGCCGGACUUGAUCAAGAUCACUUUUUUCGUCUUACGUAAUGUUCCACGCUUCUUUAUACAAUAGACACGCUUCGAGUACCACGUGUAAAUGUGCACAAAUAUAUUCGUGGAGCUGACCUUUUAAAUUAUUAAAAUGUCACUAAUAACACGGAAAUUAUCUUUCGCACGCGAGUAUAGAAUUUUUACGAUCACUCCCAUAAGAUAUUUUAUAUAACUUGUAGAAGUUGAACAACUUGAGCUUACAUAUCUCGUUCGCGUUAAUGAAAAAUAACGUUCCACUUAUAUCGUACGUUGCAUCUUUUAGCAUCUUUAGACACAAUGUAAAAAACAUAAUGAAGCGUCGUUGUCGAAAUCGAUACAUUCUUAACUUUGCUGUUUUGCUCGAAUCUACUUAAUUUGUCCUUAUCUUUGAAACGCAAUAACUCUAUAGACUGAUAUUCCGACAUCUCUUUUUUUCUCUCUCUAAUUCGACCCUGUUUCCAGGGUUUCCGACAACCUGUUGGAAAAGGUCGUGCCGGCAGAGUUGACACGGCCCUGAACGGUUGCGCAUGGCACGCAUUUGCCGGUUGCACACGCUCGUCAAGCCGCUCGGAACCAAAGUCUGGUCGCAGUGGGGCGCGAUCGAUAAAUUCGAAGCCGCGGCGUGGUACCGGCAAGUAAGCGUUCCGUCGUAGUAUCUGACAGUCGAAGCCAGCCCAAGCAACCAGCCAAGAUGCCGGGACCAGGAUGCGAGAAGUGCAAAGACAAGUGCAAGGACUGCAAGUGCGGCGAUAGCUGCUCGUGCUGCGAUUCCGGAUGCAAAGAUAAUUGCGGUUGCAAGACGGGCGGACAGUGCUCGUGCAAGCCUUGCAGCUGUUAAUUAGUAACCAUGACGAAGGCACUCUAUAAUCUACAUUGACGAUGAUAAUAGACCCGCAAUGCGAUGGAGCUAUAUCCAACAUAUAGGCAACAUUCGGAGUACCUUAUUAUCAUUCAAGUGAAAUUCCAUGCUUAACGAAACUUAGAAAGAAUAACUAUGUAAUUACGAUGUUUUACAUUCCUGCCAGAAAUAGGCAACUAAGUUAAUAAAAUUCGUAGAAUUUAUUUAAA